GCGGCAGGAGUGUGACCCGACGAACCUGAAACAUGCGUCAAUCCCGAAAAAAACAACUUCACCAGAUAUUGGAUUAUUGUCAUCUUAAACCAUAAUUUAUGCUUCAAAUCACCAGUGCUGUAAAUUAAAUGCACACUAAAUCGGAGAAUCCAGCAGGGACGCGUAUGCUUGUGUGGUGGAGCCCUGUAUAAUCCUGCACCUCUCGAUGGAUUAACUAUAAAGAAAAGCUGAAUCAAAUCAUUCUACUCGAGGAAGGUCGAGGCACCGGUCAAACAUGCCCCUUCCAUUCGGAUUAAAACUCAAGAGAACCAGAAGAUACACGGUCUCCAGCAAGAGCUGCCUGGUGACCCGCAUACAGCUGCUGAAUGGUGAAUAUGUGGAGUUUACACUGUCGGUGGAGAGUACGGGCCAGGAAUGCCUGGAAGCAGUUGCUCAGAGACUCGAGUUACGAGAGAUAACAUAUUUCAGUCUCUGGUACUACAACAAACAAAACCAGCCGAGAUGGGUUGAUUUGGAGAAGCCGCUGAAGAAACAGCUCGACAAGUAUGGACUGGAGCCGACCGUUUACUUUGGAGUGGUGUUCUAUGUGUCGUCUGUUACCCAGUUACAACAAGAGAUAACCAGGUAUCAGUAUUAUCUCCAGCUGAAGAAAGAUGUUCUGGAGGGGAAGAUUCCUUGCUCAAUUGAACAGGCCAUCCAUCUGGCCAGUUUGGCGGUGCAAGCUGACCUCGGAGACUUCAACCGAUAUGAUUCACAUGAAUUUCUCCAAAAAAUAGUGCUUUUCCCAAUGCCCUGGAUUCAAGACGAGAGGGUUGUGGAGGAGGCCACGCAGAAGGUCACCAUGCUCUAUCAGAACUCCCGAGGUCUGUCCGCACCUGAGGCCGAGUUACUGUACAUGCAGGAGGUGGAGAAGAUGGAGGGUUAUGGUGAGGAGAGUGUUCAGGCAAAGGACAGCCAAAGCACAGAUGUGAUCAUUGGCUCCUGUCUGGAUGGAAUAUUUGUCAAACACAAAAAUGGGAAAGCACCUCUCGUGUUUCGGUGGAAUGACAUUAAUAAUAUGACUCAUAAUAAGUCGUUCUUCGCCCUGGAGCUUGCCAACAAAGAGGACACUAUCCAGUUCCAGACCGAGGACAUGGAGACGUCCAAGUACGUGUGCAGAAUGUGGCUGGCGCGGCACAAGUUUUACAAAGUUAACAACAGCAGUCUAGAGCCGUCUGAUGGCCCAGAUUCCUCUGGCAGUCCCCAGAGGUCCAUUCUCACUCUAUCAUUUCCUCGUUUGCCGAUGCUCUUGCGCUCCUCUGUGCCUGCUGAUAAAGGACAAACUCAGCCAGCGCCAGUGAACCCAGUGAGGCGACGGUCCUCCACAAGAAUGUCUCUGCCAAAACCUCAACCCUACAUGAUGCCACCUCAGAUGCACUUUAAUGGCCAUUAUACAGAACCGUACACGUCUUCACAAGAUAACCUUUACAUUAACAAUCAGAAUGGGUUCUACUACCAUUCCCAGACCAGUCUUGACCGCUCCCCUCACGAGUAUAAUGGAAGAAUCCGCAACGGCAGCGUCUACAGCGCGCAAAGCACCAGCUCUCUUAACAACCCUCAGCACUACCUGCAACCAUCGCCCAUGUCCUCCAACCCCAGCAUCACAGGAAGUGAUCUCAUGCGCCCUGACUAUGUGCCUUCUCACCGACACAGCGCCCUAAUUCCACCAUCCUACCGCGCCACACCCGACUACGAGACUGUUAUGAGGCAGAAAAACCACAGUGUGGUACCGCCCACGGAACGCCAGAGCCACUCCAUGAGGAACUUAAACAUCGGCAACUCUUACGCGUACAGCCGACCCGAUCCACUCGUAUACAGCCAACCGGAGAUUCGCGAGCACGGCGCCGGUCAGUACCCGUUUCACCUCAAUUACAGCUUCCACAGUCCCUCUCCGUACCCGUACCCCACCGAGAGACGACCCGUAGUGGGCGCCGUUAGUGUCCCCGAACUCACAAACGUCCAGCUCCAGCAGGCCCAGGAGUACCCGCCGCCCAACAUCAUAAGGAAUCAAGUUUACUGGCCCCCACCUCCGUAUCCGUACCCUCAUCCUCGACCAGCCAAUAGCACGCCGGACCUGUCGCGUCACCUCUACGUCAGCAGCAGUAACCCAGACCUCAUAACACGCCGUAUCCAUCACUCAGUGCAAACCUUCCAGGAAGACAGUCUGCCCGUGGCGCACUCGCUACAGGAAGUGAGCGAGCCUCUCAUUACGACACGCCAGCCGCACAUGCACAAGCGGAACUCGAUCGAGAUUGCUGGGCUUGCAUACGGGCUAGAAAACAUGAGGGUGAAUGAGAGGAAGGCAUCUGCAUCUGCGGCUGAAACGCCUAAGAAACUGCCCGCGCCUUCCAGCUCCGAUAUCAACGCCGUCCUGGAGGUUACAAAAGCCGAGGAUGCGGCCAUUAAAGAGGACAUGUGCUACGGCCACAAAAAGUCUCUGUCCGAUGCCACGAUGUUGGUGCACAGCAGCGGUGAGGAAGAGGAGUUUGAAGAUGACAGUGGCCGACACACGCCCCAGUCUCAAGACGCAGUGGGCGGACCCGAACAUCACUUGACGCCACUGGGGCGGCCCCUCGCAGAUCCACCCGCUUAUCCGUUUAGCCACAGUAUGGAAACCGUCCUGACGAGCACUCUUGCGUACCAAGCCCACCCGCUCAUCCGCAAGCAAGAUGAGUUGGGUCAGUUACCGCCUCUUCGAGAGCCCGGACACAUGGUGCCCUCAGUGUCGGAGGGAGAUCUGAGUGGACAUGGACGGAAGCACAGGAGAGACGUCCAGAGAGACGUCCUUAAGAGACCUGUCUCUGAUGUGCCCACCGCGAGGAGGAAUAUCGAUGGACUUCCACCAGCAGGUAUGAAGAAGGGUCGCUCAGAGGUAAAGAAAAUGGGUCCACUGAAGCUGGCAGCUCUUAAUGGCCUGACUCUGUCCAGAAUGCCUCUGGCCGAUGAAGGAAAGGACGACUCGGAGAACGCUUCUAAUGACGAGAGAUGUAAGAUACUGGAACAGCGUGUGGAUCAGGGGAUGGUCUUCACAGAGUAUGAGCAGGUGGCCAAAAGACGGCCCAACUGUGAGUGCACGAUCGCUCAGAUGCCCGAGAACGGCGACAGGAACCGCUUCCAAGACGUCCUGCCCUAUGAUGACACGCGUGUGGAGCUGGUGCCCACCAAAGAGAACAACACAGGUUACAUCAACGCCUCGCACAUCAGGGUUACGGUAAGCGGCAAGGAAUGGACUUAUAUUGCAUCUCAGGGUCCCCUCUCCAACACCUGCCAAGACUUCUGGCAAAUGGUUUGGGAACAAGGAGUUGCCAUCAUCGCCAUGGUUACCGCAGAGGAGGAGGGGGGUCGCGAGAAGAGUUUCCGCUAUUGGCCUCGUUUGGGCUCCCGCCACAACACUGUUACAUACGGACGGUUUAAGAUAACCACGCGCUUCCGUACGGAUUCCGGUUGUUACGCCACGACGGGACUGAAGAUCAAACAUCUUCUAACGGGCCAAGAGCGAACCGUCUGGCAUCUACAGUACACGGACUGGCCCGACCACAGCUGCCCAGAAGACUUUAAAGGGUUCCUCUCAUACUUGGAGGAGAUCCAGUCCGUGCGGCGACACACAAACAGCUCGAGUGAUCCAAAGAACACAAACCUGCCGGUUCUGGUGCACUGCAGUGCAGGGGUGGGCCGCACGGGUGUGGUCAUUCUCUCUGAAAUCAUGAUCGCCUGUCUGGAACAUAAUGAGAUGCUGGACGUCCCGACUGUUCUGAAGUUACUGCGACAGCAGCGUAUGAUGAUGGUACAGACGCUUUCACAGUACACCUUCAUUUACAAAGUCCUCAUUCAGUUCCUGAAGAACUCCAGACUGAUCUGAGUCCAGCGCUGGCACGGAGGAGAUGCCCUCUGUGUGAUCACCUGAUCUCUCAGUUCGCUGUUCGCUCAGUUCUUUCUCGUGAAAGAAUCGGACAGCAGGCGUGCAGCGGCGACGUGCCCUCUGCUUCGAGCCGGGACUUGAGCUGAGGCAAGAAUGAAGGAUGCUGCAUGCCACCCAAUGGAGCGCGCUCUAUUUAACCAGUAUUAUAACACAGAUUUCACUGUGAGCUUUAACACACCAUCACGGAUGUCAGUCCCAGCACUUUUAUUUUGCUGUACAUAGCAAAUCCUGCAUCUGUAUUAUAUAAUAUAAAACACUGAACUGCGAUGGUUGUUUUAUACUGGCUUCCUUGUGGAUUUUUAUCAUUUUUGCAUGAAGGUUUAGCAAGCCAAAAUGAAAAUAGUGGAUACAGUGUUUAAAAAGACGUGUGCAGAUUUGAGUUGGGAAAACUUCAGGAUGUUUUUUUGGUUGAAUAUCAUUAAAGCAUGUCCAGGUCAGAUUUCACCCCAAAUUAAAAUAAAUAAAUAAAAUAUGUUUUAAUAAAAAAUAAAAAAAAAUAAAAAAAAGCCUGUCCUGUUUUUAGGACCACUCAUAUUUUUUGCAUUAAAAUGUAUAUAUUUUUUGUAAUUCUUCUUUUCAGCUGUAAUUCUCAUUAUUGUAAUACAGUAUUUUUUUUACUGUAAUGAUACUGCAAAAUAAUGUAAUGUUCUUUUAUUUACAUCGGCAUAAAUGAAAGGUGGUACAUAAAAGUACUACAGUGAUAUAUAAAAAUGUUACAAUUUAAAUAAUGUAUAAUGUUUUAUUUUUCGCAUUACAGUAAUGACCUUUUGGAGGGAAAAUGUGCUAAAUUGUCAAUGCAGAAAUCUUAAUGUACCUUAAAAUAGGCUUCGUUUUUGCAUAACAUAAUUUCUUAAGUCUUCCUAUUGAUUUUAGGGAGAAAUAUGACCUGGACAUUGAACAUUAUUGGUGCAUUAUUGAUGAGAAAUCUUCAAAUUAAGUAUCGCAGUCAGUGUUACACAACGUGGUAAAUCUGUGCUGUUUCUUGAGGUUUUACCCUGAACGUGUUUUUCCACAAAAGUUCUGUAUGUUUCACUGAUGUAAACAUAUCUCAAGUUAGAAAACAGCCAAAGAACGGAGGGUUUGUUUUGUUACAGCAAACACACAACUUUUAAAUCAUUUACCUUAUUAUGUAUUAAAAUUGUAUAUGAAAACUCUCAAAUGUAUUCUGCAUACUCAGAAAGGCUUUCUUGUUGCAUUAGGGAUAUUUUUGUAUGUUGUUAAGGUCUCGCCACGAUUCCACCAGCAUUCUAGAACCCAAGACACCAAAGUGCAUCACAGACUUUACAUUUUGAUCGGAUUGAACAAUAGAGUGAGUAUAUUAAUGGUUUGUGGCCUCGCUUCUUUAAAUACACCAGCUGUGAUGCUCUACCAAAGAAUUUUUAGCCUAUAAAGUUUAUUUACUUUUAUCUGAAAGUCUUAAAACAUUGUGAAACUUCAUAAAUCGAUGUGUUGGUUCAUUUUAAAGGUGCUAUAUAGAAUCAUUAAAGCCCUGUGUGUUUUUAUUCACACAUGUAAAACACUGAAAUGCUUGUCAGGUUUUAAAAUCUUUAAAGCAAUACAAAUGUAAGCUACAUUCUCCUUACGUUUUGGCACUGACAAACCCAUUCAAACAAAGGCAUGAUUUUAUUUUAUUUUUUGUUUUAGAAUGAGAGGUUUCUAAAUCAAGAUUUAUUGUGAUGGUGAUUUAGAAAUUAUUUCAAUUUUUGUCAUGAGCCAAAAAGUAAUAAUUUCUUUGUGUAUAGUGAGUUUAUACCCCAACUCAAAGGUGAAUCUCACGAAAACUGUCAAGAAAUAUCCUGGUCAUAUUUCACCCCAAAAUCAAAAGAAAUAAAUGUGAAAAUAAUAUGAUAUAUUUUUUACAUUUUGAACAAUUGUAAGUUUAAGUCAUGGAAGUAUUUGUUGUAGGGAAUUUCAUGUAUCAGAUUAAUUUUUUUAUUUUUUUUUUUAAUUAAUCGUCAUGUCCAGAUAGGGUGAAUAUAUACACACUGUGUGUGUAUAUAUAUAUAUAUAUAUAUAUAUAUAUAUAUAUAUAUACACACACACACACACACCAAUGUAAAUUUGGGGAGAAAUGUGCUUAAUUGCCAUUAAAAUAAUGUCAUAAAACAGAAUAUACAUAAAAAUAGGCCUAGUCCUACAAAUACUCUUAAUCUUAUAUAUGCAAAUAUAUUAUACUGCUCUAGAAAAAAUUAAGAGACCACUACAAAAUGAUCAGUUUCUCUGGAUUUACGAUUAUAGGUAUGCAUUUGAGUAAAAUAAAAAAAGUUGUUUUAUGCUGUAAAGUACUGACAACAAUUCUCCCAAAUUCCAAAUAAAAAUAUUGUCAUUAAGAGCAUUUAUUUGCAGAAAAUGACAACUGGUCAAAAUAACAAAAAGUUGGAUCGGUGAUGAUCUGGGGGUGCUUCAGCAAGGCUGGAAUCAGGCAGAUUAGUCUUUGUGAAGGACGCAUGAAUCAAGCCACAUACAAGGUUAUCCUUCUGCUCUGACAAUGUUCCCCAACUCUGAGGAUUGGUUUUUCCAGCAGGUCAAUGCUCCAUGCCACACAGCCAGAUCAAUCAAGGUGUGGAUGGAGGAGCACCGGAUCAAGACCCUGUCAUGGUCAGCCCAAUCUCCAGACCUGAACCCCAUUGAAAACCUCUGGAAUGUGAUCAAGAGGAAGAUGGAUGGCCACAAGCCAUCAAACAAAUCCGAGCUGCUUGAAUUUGUGCACCAGGAGUGGCAUAAAGUCACCCAACAGCAAUGUGAAAGACUGGUAGAGAGCAUGCCAAGACGCAUGAAACCUGUGAUUGAAAAUCAGGGUUAUUCCACCAAAUAUUGAUUUCUGAACUCUAAGUUAAAACAUUAGUAUUGUGUUGUUUAAUAAUAAAUAUGAACUUGUUUUCUUUGCAUUAUUUGAGGUCUGAAAACACUGACAUCUUUUUUGUUAUUUUGACCAGUUGUCAUUUUCUGCAAAUAAAUGCUCUAAAUGACAAUAUUUUUAUUUAGAAUUUGGGAGAAAUGUUGUCAGUACUUUCUAUAAUUUAAAAAAAAUAAAAUAAAUUUUACUCAAACACAUACCUAUAAAUAGUAAAUCCAGAGAAACUGAUCAUUUUGCAGUGGUCUCUUAAUUUUUAUAUAUAUAUAUAUAUAUAUGGUACAUCUGAAUUCUGCAUAUCUUGAAACUUAACGUUUUUAAAAGCACAAUUUGUCUCAAGGUCAAAAACUUUCUUAAAAUGUGAAUUGAAUUGGUUUUUAGUUGCGAUAAUGUAUUCACGUUUUUUAACAGCAUAAAAGUGUUCAUUUGAACUGGAGGAUGGAAUUUCAAGACAUUUAUGAACAAACAUGAAAACUUUACUAUAAAGGCCCUUCCCUGAGCUGCUUGUUUUCAUUAUACAUGUAUAUUAAUAGCAAAUACUGUUUAUAUUGCUGAUUGAGUUAUUCAUUUUUAACCACACUGAAUUUUAAGGUAGGGAACCUCUUGUUUGCCCCUGAUGAAAUAUGCUUGUGUUUUGGGUUGAGCGUGAAAUCACUGCCGCCUAAAUGCGUUUUCUGAUAAUGUACAGCUAUCAGAUGAGCUAAAUUAAACAACUAUAUUUUUCAUUCUGAAAAUAAAUAUUUUAAAAUGGUU